GAACAUCCUCUGACAUUUCCCCUCUCUCUCUCUAAAGUUUCUUGAGGCAGAGAUUAGAACAUCACAUCCUUUUUCUUCUUUUCUUCCUUAGUUUCUCAUCACCUUCACAAAUCAUUUGUCCUCUUCUUCUCUCGAGUCUCGACAAGAUCCCCGACGCCUUGUUCUCACUUUUCCUCCACAAUCUCUGAGCAUUAAAAAAUACAUAUAUGUGAAGUCGCCGCUUCAUCUUACACCCUCUGUUUUGUUUCCUUUCUCUCUCUUCUUCGACAGACAUUAACCUCGGUGUAUGUGCAGCUGAGGCAAAAAAAAGAAGAAGAAGUGAUUUUUGUAUUCAUAUAGGAAGUGGGUACGCAUCGGGUCAACGAGAGCUGUUUGGUUCUGUGUUGUUGCAGAGUUUCUGUCGAAGAACUAGGAGGGAGUAUGUGGAAAAGCAGGGAAAAAAUCGCGAGAAGGAUUAGAGGGGCGAUUUCUUUUUCGUGAAUGUUACGGUGGUCGAUAGCUGUUCGGCCGCUUGCCCCAUUCGGAAUUCGAGAGUAGUGGAUUGGAGGAGAAGAUGGGAACCCAGAAAAUUUCGGUGGCAGAUCACAUGAACGGAUUGCAAGCCGAUGAGUCCGGUGACUUGGUCAUAGACAUGGAAAGCUUAUCGCAUCUCGCUCCUUCUCCUUGCAAGGACAUCAAUUCCAGAAUCACAUUGCAGAGAAGCCUUUCUCGAAAAGGGUCUCCACGAGUGUACGGGGACAAGGUCAUCUCCAACGCCAGCGCCGCAGAUAAAAACGACAGCCAACCAGGGAUCGUUCUGGCCACAUCCUCGCCCAGAGGUACGCCCAGAGCUUCACCUCUAGGGUCCAACUCGAUGGACACAGCCACGAUGGCUGCUCUCGGGACGACGGAUCAUGUCAGUAAACUGCAGAACCACCAUCAGAUCACUGUCACCAGCGGAAGUAUCGGGAGUGCUAAUGAGAGCAGGUUCGCUCUCCGAAGAAAUAGUUUCCGGCGAUCUUCUCCGUCAUGGAUUCUCGAUCCGAAGAGAAUCGUUUUCAUUUUCGCUACUCUGUCGAGCAUGGGAACUAUUUUGUUGAUCUAUUUCACCCUUUCGAUCAGCAAGCCGAGCACGGGUGGCGGUGAUUUUGACUUGCUGCAGUAAUCCCUGGAUCGUCUUUACAACAGAGUCUAGAUUUAGCUUUUACGCAUGGAGUUUGGACUUUGAGUUCGCAGCACAGAGUUACCUUAUAGUGAGGUCAUUUUCAGAGAUCUUCUGCCACUCUCUUCUUGAUUUGGAAGUACAACCAGCAAAAGCCAACCAAAACCAGGGAACAAACUUAAAGAGGAAGGGAGGGGAAAAAGAAUUUCGGGUGGAUAAGAAAUGAUUAGUCCGGGCAAAAUGAAGAAGAAAAGGAGAGGACAAAGCUGAAUCCAUUCCAUUGUCAUUGAUUCAGCUGGACCAGAGAAAUCUUAAUGGUUGGCCUUUCAGAGGAUUUUUUGUAGGUAAGGCACUCUUCAAAGUGACAAAGAGGAGGAAUCUUCUAUUUUAUAAGCAACGGGAGAGAGAGAGAUCAAAGGCACAUGGUUUGGUGCUCUGUUUUUGUUAGCAUCUGGUGUCUCUUUACAAGCAAUGGGAUAUGUCAGUCACUUUUUUCUCCUUUGUGAAUAUGUCU